UUCUUUUGUCUCUGGUCAUAAGAUACAUGCAAUGAGAUGUAAGAUAAACAAUGGCUAACAUUGAAUUGGAAAGCAAUGGCAUCUCAGAUAGCACGACAGUUUAUCCUCCAUGUCAGUGACAUGUUUGAAAGAAGAGAAACGUACGGUAACCUGCAUUUCAAAGGUCACAGCACAGCUUCCCAAGUGUUUUCAAAACCACAAUUUAUAAACCAGCACAGCGGCAACAUGGAUGAUUUCAGGAUUUGGUCUGUUUUGCUAAUCACGUUCUUCGGUUUGUGCCAAAGAUGCAUGCUGUGCGGCAUUUCAACACAUAUUGAAAUAGCACAUAGAGCUUUGGAAUUUUUUGACAAACAUGAAAGGAACAUUAAUUAUAGACAGUUGUUACUAAACCACCAAGAUGCAUUUCAGGCUGGGAGUGUUUAUCCUGAUGCUUUUUAUCCUGUUAUUUGCAAGAAUGGAAUAUUUCAUCGUGUAUCUGAAGACACUCACUGGACACCAUUUCUCAACACCAGCAUUCAUUACAUUAGAAGGCAUUAUCCUCACCCUUGGGAAGAGGCUACGGAGAAACUGGUGGCUUUCUUGUUUGGAAUUGCCUCCCAUAUGGUGGCAGAUGUGAAUUGGCAUAGCUUGGGCAUUGAUCAAGGAUUUCUACAGACCAUGGGAGCAAUUGAUUUUCAUGGCUCAUACUCAGAAGCUCAUCAAGUUGGUGAUUUUGGAGGAGAUGUAUUGAGCCAGUUUGAACUGGAUUUCAGUUAUCUGGAAGCAGACUGGUAUAUACCUGUCAAAGACCUAAUAGCCAUCUAUCAGGAAUUUUAUGGUGAAAAAGUUGUAACUGAAGGCACAAUUAUUGACUGCACUUACCUGCAGUUUCUUGAAUUAUAUGGAGAAAAACUUGCUGUUGCUAAGCUCUUCCCAACAUAUGCUGGCAAAUCUCCGUUUUUGGUAGAGAAGUUCCAUGAGUAUUUCCUCGGAGGAAUGGAUGACAUGGCAUUUUGGUCAAAUAACAUUUUUCAGCUAACAGGACAUAUGUUAGAAGCUGGGACUAGUGGCUGCUUCAUGCCUGAGAACCCGCUAUUCAUAGACUGCAACAGGAGGCACAGACAGAGCUACAGAAUUAAACAGUCCAAAAAUGAACACCAAGAGAACAUGACAUCUUCACUUGCAAAACAAGUUGAUAAGAAUAUAAACUAUACUGAGAGAGGAGUUUAUUUCAGGCAAACUUGGGCAACAAAUUCCCUCCAUUUUAUAAAUGGAGCUUUUGCAACAAAUGUCCAAAAAGUGCUAGCAGUCACACAUCAACAUGCCUCUAACCAUGUCACCAAACCCACAGCCUCCUACUUCCUAAAAUCACCUUAUGCCAGGCUUGGAUGGGCGAUGACCUCAGCUGAUUUAAACCAGGAUGGAUAUGAGGAUCUAGUGGUUGGAGCACCAGGAUACAGCAGAUUGGGCUGGGUGCAGAUAGGACGGGUGUACAUAAUUUACAGUAAACAAUCAGGUUUGCCUCCAGUAAAUAUGAACCUGAACAAGAAAGCGGACCAAGUGCUGGAGGGUCAUCAGCCUUCAGGCAGGUUUGGUUCUGCUGUAUCAGUGCUGGACUUCAAUGAGGAUGGAGUUCCCGAUCUUGCGGUGGGCGCACCCUCUGUGGGGUCACAGCUUCUCACUUACAAAGGUGCCGUGUAUAUAUAUUUUGGAACUGAAGGAAAAGGCUUCUCAUCUUGGCCCAACAUCACCAUAACUUGCCAGUAUACCUACUGUAACCUUGGCUGGUCUCUGCUGGCUACUGACAUUGAUGGGGAUGGAAGAUCUGAUCUGGUGGCCGGUUCUCCUUAUGCACCUGGUGGUGGGAAGCAGAGAGGAUUUGUGGUUGCAUUUUAUUCCUACUUCAACAGGAGCAAUCAAGGCCUGCUGUCAGUAGAGGAUGCUGACUGGAUGGUGAAGGGGGAAAAGAACUAUGCCUGGUUUGGAUAUUCGCUUGACAGACACCAAAUGGAGAACAUGUCCUUACUGUUGAUUGGUAGCCCUACCUGGAAGCACUGUAUUAGUCUAGAUUGCCACGUCUCGUCUGAUAGCAGGGAGAAUGUUGGGAAGGUGUAUGCAUACAACCCGCCAAGCGCACACAGCUGGUUUGCUGUAACUGGAGACGGGGAGAUGGGCAAACUGGGUUUGUCACUGGCUAGUGGCUUUGUGUCUGUGGCUGGAAUCCCAAGACGUGUGUUGUUGGUUGGCGCACCUACCUCUGACAGCACAUCCAGGAUUGUGUUUAUACACUCAGUACUACACCAAGCUGGGACUGUUCUCAUGUAUGACUUGACAGACAAUACCAAGCCUUCUUUGCUCAGCACUUUCAGUGGGGACAGGAAGUUCUCUCGCUUUGGAGGAGCUGUACACUUAAGUGACCUUGAUGGUGACGGAUUAGAUGAAAUUGUUGUGACAUCCCCUUUGAGAACUACAGACAUCACAUCUGGAAUCUUUGGUGGGGAGGCUGGACGUGUUUACAUAUAUAAUGGAAACCAGACCACAUUGGGUGAUGUGACAGACCACUGCAAAUCAUGGACUUCUCCUUGUCCUGAGGACUGGGCACAAUAUGUAUUGAUUUCUCCUGAAGAAAGAUCAAGAUUUGGGAGCUCUGUCAUCACUGUUAAAUCUGAAGCAAAGAGCGAAGUUGUAGUAGCUGCUGAGAGAAGCUCAGUGAAAGCCAGGCUUGGUGGAAGGCUUUUUCUCUAUGCUCUCUAAGUAUUUCCACUUGUUUACUGGGCACAUGCCCAUUUGUCAGUGGAGCAUCCAUCCAAAUCCAUGAUGGAUAUCCAUAACUCUUCCCUACACUACACUAACUGGAUGCUUCAAGUUCAAAAUGGGACAUGCAGGAAAGGACAACAUCUGCAUCACAGAGCAAGUCAGGAUGGUGUUUGUUUCAUUUUAAACUGAUGGGGAAAUGCCAAGUGUCCUGACUCAUCUGUACUUUUCAAACCAAUUCAGAUUAUGUCCACAAAUGUUAAAUUAUCCAGCCGUAGUCAAAAUAAUAGUAAAGGAAUUAAAACCAUUGGACCAGACAAGAGUAGCUCCUUCUUGUAAUGAGGAAGGAUAGUACAUUAUUUACCCAACAGGUAAUAAAGUAGUCAGCAUGCCUAUGAUGCUAUUUUGAUACAUGUGAUCUAGGAUUUUAAAAUAUGAGAAACUAGUUAUGCUAUAAAUGAAUCCCUAGUAGAUGGACAAGGGAAACUACACAGGGCUAGCUGUGUGAAGGUGCUGGAGAAUAGAUAGGCACAGCCCAUUCAAGAGAAGUCUUUGCCCUUUGACUCUUUGUAGAGGCACAUAUUAAGGAGAAAGACUGUCAGGACAAACAGUGCAUGUCUGGAGAAGUUAUAGAAAUACUUUACUUUGAAGCUCAGAGUUGGGCUCCAGUGGGAAUUAUUCCUUAUGAUUUUAUGUUGGACUCAAUGCCUGUGGUAAGUUUAAAAAUCACUUCUUAUGGGUUGCAUUAUGUCUUCAAUUAAUGAGCACUGUAGUUUUUAUGGGACGGGUUAAACACUGAAUGUAUAUCAAUACAUAAUUAAAUGGUAUAAGCAACAA